AGUGACUCUAAGUUUGUAUUACUGCCAAGAUCCAUCUAUGAAGCAUUCCCUCACCAAGGAGCAGGUGUCAAGGUACAGUCGACAGUUACUUCUGGAGGAUUUUGGAGUAGAGGGUCAAGAACGCGUUUGCUCUGCCAAGGUUCUUGUGGUUGGAGCUGGUGGAUUAGGCUGCCCUGUCGCUAUGUAUCUCGCGGGGGCUGGAGUGCAUACGAUUGGUAUAGUCGAUUAUGAUGAAGUUGCCCUAGACAAUCUCCAUAGACAAAUAGCACAUAAAGAAAAUUCAGUUGGGACUGCGAAAGUGAAUUCGCUCAAACAAUCAAUGCUUGAGCUCAACAGCUCCGUCAAUGUGAUUACGCAUAACAUUUUGCUCGAUAGGAACUCUGCUUUGGAUAUCGUGAAACCGUAUGAUAUCGUGGUGGAUUGCUCUGAUAAUCCUGCAACAAGGUACCUUAUCAAUGAUUCUUGUGUUCUUCUCGAGAAACCUCUAGUAAGUGGAAGUGCAUUAAGAUGGGAAGGACAGCUAAUCGUUUAUAACUAUGUUGAUGAUGCUGGAAAGAAAGGACCAUGUUAUCGAUGUCUUUUCCCGAUACCACCCAGUCCGAACCAUGUCACGAACUGCAGUGAAGGCGGUGUUCUUGGACCAGUUGUGGGAGUCAUAGGCAGCUUGCAAGCACUUGAAGUCCUCAAAAUUGCAGCAAAGCUUGAGCCUAGUUUCUCUUCAAAGUUAUAUCUCUUUGAUGGAAAGUCCGGCAAAUCACGUACCAUCGCUCUUCGGCCACGAAAUAAAGAAUGUGCUGUCUGUGGUGAUAGCCCAUCUAUAACUAAGCUCAUUGAUUAUGAAAAUUUCUGUGGUUCCCGAGCAUGCGACAAGGUGCAACGGUUGCAGUUGCUGGAACAAAGGGACAGAAUCUCCCCUUUUGAUUAUUCUGUCAUUAGGAGCUCCGGUCAUAAACCAGUCCUGGUAGAUACACGGCCUCCACACGAGUUUAAAAUCGCGUCAUUGGUUGAAGCCAAAAAUCUCACUUUGGAAAGUCUACGGCAACUCGACCCUGCCUCUAUCCGUGAGAAACUGGGGCUUGAUAUCGACAACUGCGAAGAAGUAUUCGUAAUCUGUCAUCGUGGUAACGAUUCUCAGAUUGCUGUGGAACUCCUCAAAGAGAAGCUCAAGCCACUUCGUGUACGUGAUAUCGAAGGCGGCUAUGAGGGUUGGGCAACGGAAGUUGAUAGAAGUUUUCCGCUCUAUUGAUCCUCUCUUUGACUCCAUUUACCAUGUUUUAAUGAAUCAUUUUUGGGCUC